AUGGUUAAACCAUUGUCAUUCAAAGGCGACAAGAAAGUCAAGAAGCGCAAGAGAACAGACGCCGAGAAAUCAUCCCGCGACGAUGCUGCCGUAAACGAAGAAACGCAGGUCCAAAAGACGGGCGAAGAGACAGAGAAUGACGAUAGCUGGGUUUCCGCUGAGACGGAUACUGAUGUCGUGGGACCGAUUAUGAUUGUUCUACCGACGGAUACACCUUCAGCUCUGGCUUGCGAUGCAGCUGGGAAGGUGUUUACUAUUCCGAUUGAGAAUAUCGUUGAUGGGAAUCCUUCUACCGCGGAACCGCAUGAUGUGCGACAGGUCUGGGUUGCGAAUCGCGUAGCUGGGACAGAAAACUUUCGCUUCAAGGGACAUCAUGGGAAAUACUUAUCAUGCGACAAAAUCGGUCUAUUGUCAGCUACAUCAGAAGCCGUAUCCCCCCUCGAAUCCUUCAACAUAAUCCCCACGGCCGAUACACCAGGAACAUUCCAAAUCCAGACCCUACGCGACACAUUCCUAACCAUCAAAGCCCCGAACAAAGCAUCAUCCAAGUCCUGCGACGUGCGCGGCGACGCAGAUACCAUCACGUUCGACACAACGCUGCGCAUCAGAAUGCAGGCGCGUUUCAAGCCCAAGCUGCGCGCGUCCAAAGAGGAGAAGGCGCAUGCUAAGAUUAGUCGGCGCGAAUUGGAGGAGGCGGCGGGGAGACGGUUGGAUGAGGAUGAGGUGAGGAAGUUGAAGAGGGCGAGGAGGGAGGGUGAUUAUCAUGAGAGGUUGUUGGAGAUUAAAGUGAAGAGCAAGCAUGACAAGUUUGGUUGA